GAUAACUUGUAUUGUGAGCCCACUCUUCUUUUAUGUUGCAAGCCAACGCAGAGAUUGAUCAACAUGAUCCAAGUUGCCGUCCACAGUCCCACUGUCACUUCAAAUUCGUUCGUUUCAUUUUCAAGUAUCAAACCCAGAAGCAGAACGCGGAAAAUCAAAUCGGUGUUUUCUGUGCGGCUUUUGAUCAAACAGUCGGUGGGCAGUUGCUAAUCGAUAAUGAGAAGAGUAAAAGGAAGAGAAGGGUGUUCUUUCUGGAUGUUAAUCCACUCUGUUACGAAGGCAGGAUACCUAGUUUGCACUCCUUCGGCCACUGGAUUUCCCUCUUCUUUCGAGACGUUAGCCACACUGAUCCUGUCAUCGCUGAAAAAUACAUUGGACAGUUAAAUGGUUUGAAAAAAUUCUCGAGUGGUCAUGUUGGGAGGUCGCUUCAAUCCAUCAGAGAUGUUCUCGGAAAAUGCCAUGUGCCAGUUAUUAAAGUUGAGGGUCAUGAAGCAGAUGAUGUUGUGGCUACUCUUGUGGACCAAGUUCUGCAAAGAGAUUACCGGGUAGUUAUUGCCUCUCCUGACAAAGAUUUCAAGCAGUUGAUUUCUCAAGAUGUGCAGUUAGUUAUGCCUCUGAAGGACUUAGAACGAUGGUCCUUUUACACCCUAAAGCACUACAUUGCUCAAUAUAAUUGUGAUCCACGUUCUGAUUUGAGCCUUAGAUGCAUUAUGGGUGAUGAGGUUGAUGGUGUACGAAUCCAACAUGUGGUUCCUGGAUUUGGCCGUAAAACUGCUCUAAAGCUUUUGAAAAAGUAUGGUUCAUUGGACGAUUUACUAAAUGCAGCAGCAGUAAGAACUGUGGGUAGACAGUAUGUGCAAGAGGCUCUCACAAAGUAUGCUGAUUACUUGCGAAGAAAUUAUGAAGUUCUUGCCUUAAAGAGGGACAUUGAUGUUCAUCUUGAAGAGGAAUGGUUGGUUGAAAGAGACAUGAGCAACGAUUCAAUAAUUUUAUCUGAUUUCUUUGAGUCCUUGCAAGAAACCCAGAAGCUCACUCGCCAAAACAGAUACUAUUUUUCUAAUAGCUAAGCUCCAAAACGGCCAUUUUGUUCUGAUUUUGUUGCAUUCACAGCCUCUUUACCCCUUAAUUUGAUACGCGGCUCAGACAUGAUCAUCUGG